CAUUGCACAAUGCAGUCAGGCAAGUACUGUUCUCCUCCGGGCAACAGCCGAACCCAGACAAAUCCAUUGGAUCCCUCCAGAGAACAUGUCUUCACUGCUCUAGAGUCCAUUGGCGACUUCUGUGCACUUCAGCUGACCCCGUGGCCUACCACUUUGUGGCUGAGUUGCUGUUGUUUCCACUUUGUUAUAGUACCACUAAACAGUUGACCGUGGAAUAUUUAUUAGCAAUGAAAUUUCACAGAUUAACUUAUUGCACAGGUGGCAACAUAUCACUGUACCACGCUUGAAAUCAUUCAGCUCCUGAAAGCGACCCAUUCUUUCACAAAUGUUUGUAGAAGCUGGCUGAAUGCCUAG